GUGUGUGCUGGGGGGAGGUGUGUUGUGUGUGUGUGGCUGGCCGUGUGUACGUGUGUGAACGCAUGCAUGUGUGUUUCGGCGCUGGCUCUGUCUGUGCAUUGCACGGACUGGAAGGAAUAAAAAGGAAUACAACCCAACAAGGCCGGAUUGCUUGUGAGCUGCUGUGCCGGCAAGCAAGUCUCAUGCUCCUCUCUGUCUCCUCUUCUGCUUCCUGCUCUCCGACUGGCAGCUCCGUCUGGACGCCCAGGACCACACUGUUCGCGAAGUCACUUCAGUGGAUGGCCCCAGAAGUGGAGGCCAGAUGGAAAUUGGGUCACAUGACCGCCUCCAGGAAGGCGCACUGAGCCUGGAACUGGCCAAUGGGGUGAAUCGCUACCCUAAUGAUGAGACGUCUAUGGAAACGGAGCAGAAGAGGGCAGGAAGUGUGCCUCCAAGGCAGUGGGUGUCAGGACAUGGCAAGGUCAGUGACACCCAACAGCAGCAACCAUGUUGGAACAGCAACAGUGGUACAACCCCCGAUGAACCUGUCCACCACGCAGACAUGGAGGAUGCCCACAAUCUGGUGGCUUUUUCUGCUAUUGCUGGCUCAUUGCCUCCUUCUUCCUCCUCCUCCUGCCUCAUGCAGCCUAACACAGCCCAGCUGUAUGAGAAGUUCACCCAGGAGAUGGGUUCUGAGGGGCCUCAGGCCAGACUCUCUGCAGGGGCUCCUGAGGGUAGCUUCCAACCUCCAGAAGACCUGAACACCUUACAGACAGCACUGAGCCAAGCCAAACAUGGACACAAGCCCCCUAACUGCAACUGUGAUGGGCCUGACUGUCCAGACUACCUUGAGUGGCUGGAGAAGAAGAUUAAGUUGGCAACCAGUGAGGAUCAAGGUGCUUGCAAGAUGGCUGAUGCACCCCGACACUUACAGCCACACCUACAGCAACCCCAUUUGCAGCAUCGUGCUCAGCCCUACCCCCAGGUGAAUGGUGGCCACCGCCUGUCUACUUCAUACCCUAAGCAGCAACAGGGAACUCAUCCAGAACAAGUGCUCUGCUCCAAGCCCCCAAUCCCCUGCUCUCCCCAGGUGCUCUCCAUAGCCAAGGAAAAGAACAUCAGCCUUCAGACAGCCAUCGCCAUAGAAGCCCUGACCCAGUUAUCUGGUACUGGUCCACUAGCUGCCGGCUCUCCAAGUCAAGCCCCCUACAACAGUAACCUCCAUCACCACCAACAUACCCAGAACCUCCCUCAGCCCCCCAAUGGCACUAGCUUGAUCCUAUCCUCUCCCGUCACCCAUUCAUCUUCCUCACGCUCUCAAUCCGUCCCUCCAGGACUUCACAACAGGCAGCAGGCCCCAGUGCCCUGUGAGCACCACAGGCCCCAAUCCCAGGGCCAGCCAUCCCAUGCUACCCCUCUCCCAUCCUCUACCUCUCCCUUCCCAGGUCAGGAAAAACAUCCAGGCUUCAGCCCUAAUCCCCAGCAGUGGCAGCAGGGCUCAGGCAGAGGCUCUGAACAGAAGAACCCAUGGAUGUGUGUGAAGUCUGAGCCCCAGUCUCAUUACGCCGCUGCACCUCACAGUAGCUCAGACCCCAUGUCGGAGCUCAAACAGCUGCUUGGUGACACCAGUGGCAAGUUCAGCAAUGCUCCUUUUAAGCUUCCAGUCACACAGCAGCUCAGAGUGAGCCAGAAUGGAGGUAUCCAGGCCCAGGACAACCCAGCAUUGACCAGGAUAAAGCAAGAGCCAGACUCUGGCGAGCACUAUCAUCACACUGCCUCCAUGGGACAUCAUGGCAUGGCUAAUUGUCAGCAGCAGGGUCAGCACUACCCUGGCACUGCCUUGUCUCCUGGCCAAGCAGCCAUCAGUCACUCCACUCAGGCGGCUCUGCAACAGCACCUUCACUACAAGAGGAACCUCUUCUCUAACCACUCCCCUGGCUUUGGAGCACAAGGCCUUCGUGCACCCCUGGCUUGCCAGAACUUGAAAAAAUGGUGGCCACAGAUGGAGGCAGAAGGGUUGCCACAUCUGGCCAUCAAGCAGGAACCCAAGAAGAAAAAAAGCAGCCAAGGAUCUCCUGUCAUAAAAACUAUGAGUGGAAUGCUUGCAGUUCCUCCCAUGCCCAAACCCAAACAGAUAAUCAUCAAGAAGACCAAGCAGAAAGCCUCCAUGCCAACCUUCCUGCCUCAGACUCAGAUCACCGUACAAAAACCACCAGUCCUCAUGAUGGACAGAGCCCCGGCCCUGACCAGCCUGCAACCAGGUUCUCUCCCCCCUCUGCCCCUCCACAGUAACUCCACUCAGGCUGCUGCUGCAGGCCUCCCUGCCCCAGCCCAAUCUCAGGUAUCCAUUUCCAACUCCUCAAUGACUCCCACUUCCAUUGUUUCUGCAUUGUCAGAAAACACUCCAGCCCUCAUAGGUCCUCUGCCCCCACCUUUGGCCCUUGUAGCUCAUGCUAAGUCAGAGGGAGCGGGCAGCCUGGCCUCCAGUAACACCAGCACCACCACACCUCUGACCUCCACAUCUCCAUCGAGCACCUCACAAUUACCAAGUCUCAUCAACAUAGACCCAAAGUACGAAGAACUAAUCCGCCAGUUUGAGGCUGAAUUUGGGGACUCAGACACAACUGCUAGUCAGCCCAUGGAAGAAACUGCUACAGCCUCUCAGCCUGGGAAUCAGGCCCAGAUUAGUCCUCAGGACAUCAGUCCCACAUCAUCAUCCAAAUCUCAGUCGGCUCACUUAAUUCUUACCACCCAAGCCAGCUCCACACCUCAUCCAAAUGAUCACGAGGUGGAAGUCAACAAGGAUGAGUCAGGGACCCAAAGUGAAGCAGCCUUGAAUCAGACAUCCACAGAAGGCCCAAUGGAGGGUCUGCAUGAGGGGUCGCUCCACGUCUCUCGGCAUCAGGAGGCAAUUCUGGACAAGCAGCAGCAGCCCAGUGUAUUGGAGAAUACAUUCAGCAUGCCAGGUUCUCCGCUGCCUAAACGCAUGAAGAUUGAAGCCUCGGGUGAUAUAGCAGUACUUUCCACCACAUACUGUUCUGAGGAGGACACGCCCACUAAGGACAGUCUACCUUCUUCGCCGUCUCUCAGAGGCUUCCUAGAGUCUCCUCUGCGCUAUCUGGACAGCCCCACCAAGACCUUGCUGGAUACUCCUUCCAAAGAUCUACAGGCAGAGUUCCCCACAUGCACCUGUGUGGAACAAAUUGUGGAGAAAGAUGAAGGGCCCUACUACAAUCACCUGGGAUCUGGACCUACUGUAGCCUCCAUAAGAAACCUGAUGGAGACGAGGUAUGGAGAGAAAGGGGAUGCCAUCCGGAUUGAAAAGGUGGUAUACACAGGCAAAGAGGGAAAGAGCUCACGAGGAUGUCCUAUUGCUAAGUGGGUGAUCCGUCGUGGCAGCGAGACAGAGAAGCUCCUGUGUCUGGUGCGUCAGCGUGCCGGCCACCACUGUGCCAACGCUGUCAUCAUCAUCCUCAUUAUGGCGUGGGAAGGUGUCCCAAGGGCCAUGGCUGACAAGCUGUACAGUGAACUCACGGACAGCCUCACUAGAUAUGGCAACCCCACCAGCCGACGCUGUGGCCUCAAUGAUGAUCGUACUUGUGCGUGUCAAGGCAAGGACCCUGACACUUGUGGUGCUUCCUUCUCCUUUGGCUGCUCGUGGAGUAUGUACUUUAAUGGCUGUAAGUACGCCCGAAGCAAAAUGCCACGCAAGUUCAGACUACAAGGAGAUCACCCUGAAGAGGAGGACAAACUCAGGGAUAGAUUCCAAAAUCUGGCAACUGAGGUGGCUCCUUUGUACAAGCAGUUGGCCCCACAGGCUUACAGUAACCAGUGCCAGUCGGAGUUGAAAGCUCCAGACUGCAGGCUGGGCUUCAAGGAAGGACGCCCAUUCUCUGGAGUCACUGCUUGCAUGGAUUUCUGUGCCCAUGCUCAUAAGGACCAGCAUAACCUCUACAAUGGUUGCACAGUGGUUUGUACUUUAACAAAGGAGGACAACCGUGAGGUGAAGAAGAUCCCUGAGGAUGAGCAGCUCCAUGUGUUGCCUCUUUACAAGGUCUCGCUGACUGAUGAGUUUGGAAAUGAGGAGGCCCAGCGCCUCAAGAUGCAGACGGGGGCCAUCCAGGUGCUUCAGGCUUUCCGCCGUGAGGUACGCAAGUUGCCCGAACCUGCCAAGUCCUGCCGACAGCGUAGGCUAGAGGCCAAGAAGGCCUCCUCAGAGAAGAAGAAAAAUAAACUCAUGCAGCAGGCAGGGGAGACGCCAGAGAAAACUGUGGUCAAGGCUGAGGUCUGCAUCACUGGUUCCCCUCAACUCCAAGGCAAUAAAGCAAUUAUAAAACAAGAGGUGAAGCCCAACAUCAAGAAGGAACACUUCAAUGGAUCAAUAGAUGGAUAUCCUGUGCAGGCUGCAGACCCAUUCAGCAACAUCUAUCCACACCCUGCCUACUAUGCAAGGGGAGGCCUCCCCCCAACUGGCCAGCCCUCUGCACCAGACCCCGUAAAUGGUUACCACCACAAUCUGCCCACAAUGCACAAUGGCUACUACAACUACCCCCCCAAUGCACUUUUCCCCCCGAAGCUGAGGACGUACGAGGGUCGAAAUGGCUCUAUGCCCAAAGCAGGCACCAAGGCUGACCAGGUAGACAAGAAGCCUGAUAUUCAGAGCCUUCAGGCCAGACUGGCCCAGUCCUACCCCAGCUACCCAGAGCAAGCCAACCAAGCAAACCACAGCAGUUACAUCCAGCCUGCAGACUACAGCCUGUCCCGUCCUUCUUCUGUCUCCUCUGAGCCCUCCAACAGAGGCACUCCAGUCAUCAAACAGGAGCCUAUGGAUGUGCCAGUCUAUGAAGGCGCAAUGCCAAACCAGAUUGGUGCCAACACACCUAGCACCACCCCCCAGCCUGCUGCCUGGCCAGGCCACAAGCUUAAUGGAAGUAUCAUUCCUGCCAACUGGGACGACCAUCUGAACCCUAAACAAAGUCCUGAAGCGUCAUUGUUGAACCCAGACAAGCAGCAAUUUCACCAGCAACUCCAGCAGCGUCAGCCCUCUCCUUACCCUCAGCAGUGGACGUCCUAUCCUGGCUCAAAUGCCCUGAUGGCCUCCCCCGCCCCAUCACCAUCGCUCCAAGUACCUCCCUCUCCAUCUCCGUCCCCUCACCUAGGCUCAGCGCUCCCAGGUAACAUACAUCAAGGCUCCACACACCCUGCCACCCCACGUCCAAGCACCCCUCACCCAGGUACACCACAGCCUGGCAGCUCUCACUCAGGCUCAGUCACACCGCAGCCAGGCACCCCAGGUCCAGGCACCCCCAGGCACUGGGCCAGCCCUGCUCCUAGUCCUCAGCCGAAUGCUUGGGUAAUGGGUCCUGCAGCAUAUAGCCCUGGUUUGAAGCACAGCAAUCCUGCAGGAGCCUACCCUGACAAGAUCUGGUCCAAGACCGGGGAAAGUCGGUGCUCCACUCCCCUUGGGCUCCAAGAGAAGGCCUGGAAGUCUUGUGGUGGUUCAGUUGCAGGAAGUACCCCGUCCUCUGCCCCUGAGGGUCGCCUCUUCCCUGAUGCCCUGCAGCAGUCAGAUCAGGCCUGCUGGAACCCCAGCCGAGCUGAGAGUGACGUUGAGAGCACCAAGGGCCGUGAAGAGGAUGAUGAUGAGGUGUGGUCUGACAGUGAGCACAACUUCCUGGAUCCCAACAUUGGUGGUGUAGCGGUAGCACCAGCCCACGGCUCCAUCCUGAUUGAAUGUGCUCGUCGGGAACUACAUGCUACCACUCCGCUCAAAAAGCCUGAUCGCUCCCACCCCACCCGCAUCUCCCUGGUCUUCUACCAGCACAAGAACCUCAACCAGCCCAUGCACGGCCUGGCUCUGUGGGAGGCCAAAAUGAAGCUGCUGGCCGAACGAGCGCUGCAGAGGCAGCAGGAAGCAGCUCUCCUUGGCCUCUCCCAGGAUGACAUCAAGGCCCUCGGAAAGAAACGCAAGUGGGGGGCUACAGUGGCAGGUGCUAGUCCAGGACCUGGACAAUCUAAAGACAAGAGGGAGGGGCCAGUGACGCGGUUAGCCCCUACUUUCCACACCACCUCUAUGGUUACUGUGUCUCCCUAUGCCUUCACCUGCCUCACUGGGCCCUACAGCCACUUUGUCUGAGGUCAAACAGACAUAAAAGGAUAGCUACAGAGUGAUGCAGUGGAGGGCUGGAGAGAACGAUGAGCAGGAUGAAUGUCUCUCAGCCGUCCCGCAGUCUGGCAUCUCUCCAUCCUGACCCCUCCGCAGUCCACUUGGAGGAGGGGACAUUUUUAUUGUUUUUUACCUCAUGUCAGGCAGUGGUUUGGGCUUCAGACACACUGCCUGUGGUGCUCUUCCUCUCUCUUCCUGGGAGAGGAACUCCAUUGCUUUUCCUUGUUUAUAGAAUUUUAAUAAUUUUAAUUAUUGCUAUUAUUAUCAAUAUUAUUAUGAUUGCUAUUGUUACUGUCAAUGUUGUUAUUACAGGUAUUAUUAUAAUGAAGACUUGUUUGUUUUUUAUUAUUGCUGUUUUCAUUAAUGUUAUUAUUAAUGAUGUGAUUGUUUUUGGUUAUAUAUUUUUUUAAAUCAAUCAGUCUGAGUCAGUCAGACUCAGACAAUUGCUUUUUCCAUGUUUGGAAAAUGUGUACCCUAUUUUCUGUUUGAUUUCCUUUGUUCUUGUCAAUCUUCCAGCUCAACUUGGAGGAGGAGCCAUUGUCUGCCUGGCAAGACAGCAAAUCAAUAUUACCGUAAUCAUAUGUACAUAUAUUUAAAAAAAGGCUUUCCAGUAGGCUUGCAUGAGAUUUUGAUGGCUAUAUUGAAAAUAUACAGAUAUGCAUCUUCCAGAUAUGGAAAGCCAGUUUAGGCAUAAAGGAUCAUUACAAUUACUAUCACCCUGGGCCUCUGUUUCCUAGUUUUGGCUAUUAUUGCUUAGGGUGACAUUGUUUUUGUUUACCAGCGUCACUGCACAGCACAGUCACAAUGCAAUCAGUGUAGCUUGGUAUUUGCUUCAUUUGAGAUUUUUCCUAUUACCUAGGAACAUCUGUGCACUUCAGCCUUGCAGCACAAUGUAAAAAAUAGAAUACAUUCUGUUAUUGCCCACACAACUGGUGAAGAAACAAGGAAGGAAUCUACCAAAGUUAGUUGUCAAAGCGGUGUAUGCCAGAAUUAUCAGUUAUAUUUGCACUAAUGAGCAAAUAUACUGUACCUUUUUGAUGUGACGACUGUAGCAAGUAGAACACAUAAAAGGAUUCUUCCAAAUGGAGGCUUGGCAUUAAAUGAAUACAGCUGGCAUAGCUUGGUUUCAGCUGUUGUGUGUAUGUUUUGUGACUGUGUAUGGCAGAGCAGAACACAGAGCAGGCCAAAAGGGAACCUUAAAGUUAUAAAGAAAACCAAUCAUCAUGAUGUAGAAAGUGGAAAAAUAAUCCCAGGUUAAAAAUAAUUGCCCUUUAAACCACAUUGGGAAAAAGUGUUGCUGCCUCUCUUGUUGUUAGACGAUGUGCUCCUCCUCCUCUUCUGCACCCCUUCAGCUUUCAACUGGUGCUCAAAUUCCAGCUCUAAUUGAUUCUCAUUCCACUACUCUUCAUGGCACUUGAUGCUGUACUUAGGUGCUCUAUCUCAAAUCUGGCUCAACUAGCAUUAGCAAGUAAAUAUGUUUUGUUUUGACCCAGGUGGAGUACCAGAAUGAUGGCUUAUUGCUUCAAGACAUGCAUAAGUGCAGAAAAUUGUCAUGCAAAGAGAAGUAUAAUGAUUUAUCUUUCAAAUGCUUUCCCUUGCUUGACAUGCUUCCCAUAUGGAAAACUGCACAUGUUUUGUACUCCACAGAGGCUAAAAUAAGUUGCACUAUUUGCAAAUGUCAUUUGACCCAGAUCUGCAACUACGACAUCAAGAUGGAACUGGUGACACACUUUAUCUUCCUACAACAUUUAAGUAGGGGUGAGCACUUCCUAGUGUAAACUCUAGAGGGCAGCAGUGACUGCCAUUUCAAAGUGGGGUGUACAAACAAACCUACAAGCACUUGAGAUCCAUUCAGAAGCCAGUAGAGCGUUGCCUUGCUGCUUUAACCAUUCAUGACCAGUAGAGGGGGAUCUUACACCCUGUUUGCUGACCAUGGAUGGGCCUCACCAAAGCAGUUCAAGACAAAGCUGAUCUUUGUCCCAUUGUGGCACAAAUGUGAAUGAAGUCUGGAGAUGCUUUUGGGAAGCCCAUGCUGGGUUAGAGCAGAAGGAAACAGUGUUGGGACCGCAGUGCUUUUGGUGCUCCUACACACACUUGGUGCUCUCCUAUUACACUUGAUUUGCUGUGAAGGGCCCACUCCUUCCUCUGCAUGGUGCUGUCAUCUUCGAGCAGAGCGAAGUGUAUCCUUCUGCAAGCACCUUGCCACCACAGAGCAAGCCAAUCAAAGUGGCUGCGCUAUGGUUGCAGCUCUGUCAUUGGCCUCAAUAACUGGUUCCCUUUUGUGAGGAGUUUGUGCAGUUUCUUGUGGCAAAGUAGUUUUGUCUCAAACAAAGUACACUGUACAGGGCAGAGAAAGCACAGUCAUUCAAUGCAUUUUGGUAACCCUUUCACAGAGAAAACAAUUGUACUGAGAGUUAAAGGGAGACCUCGGAAAAUUACUGUAGCUUCUGGGAGUUGGCGCUAAAUGCAAAUGCGUUGAAUCAAUGAAUCUCUCACUUUGUGUGUGUGUGCGUGCGUGUGUGUGUGUGUGUCUGAAAAUGACACAAAUGCAUGGGUGUGUGAAAGAGACGAGCCAAAGAGAGAGACUAUUUGAUAGCUUGGAUAGAGUCCCGUGAAUCAUUUUUAUUUUGUCUCCAUCCACCAUGUGACCAUUUGACUAAUUCAGUUCAAAUAGUGACAUGGUUUACUUGCAACAUGAGUUGAAAAUGAGCGAUUGAUAGAACUCAAUAUAGGCCGACUCCUGGCUGCUGGGUGGUUGUUUGGGUCGAGGCCCUGGUCAUCUGUGAAAGACCCAGUUACCUCUCCCGAAGGUCUCCAGCUCUCUACCUCACGCUGUAGAGACACUGGUCACAAUCACAACUUGCUACUGAGGGAAGAGAAUCAUGCAUAUGUCCAUUUGUGUGCUCUAGAUCUCCACACUCAUUUUAACAUGCUUUUUUUUUUUUUACUCUUAUUUAUUACUACAUGGUGAUGAUGAUAAUGAUUGUCUUUGAUGUUAUUGCUUUUUUCAUCUUUUUUUAUAUAGCUAAUACAAAUUGUACAUAGAGAAGAAAAGAUUUAUAAAAGCACUUUUAAUCUUGAUUUUAAUGACAAAAAGAAAGAGCCGAUUAUUGACAACUUGAAGCUUAGGUUUUUUUUUCUUUUGUUUUUUUUAUUUUCUCAAGAGAGAGAUAAAAAAUGUAAAUAUUUAAAAUAUUUAGGUAAGAUUAUUUAACUGGUGAGGAUAGUAACUAAACCAUGAAUGACAAGGGGGUAUUUUGGAGUCUCUGACAGCCCUCAACAACGGUAAACAACACUUGGUCCCCAAUGUGUUGUGUGUAAAUGUGUGCUUAGUAACACUGCUGUUUUGCUUUCGUAAGUACUGUACCCCUUGUCACUGACAGAGACCUGUCACUUUCUAAAAACAAAUUCAUUUGUCCAAUUAUGUACCAAGAAACUACACUUGACUUUCUCACUGGCAGUCAAAAUAACUGGAGGAUCCCCCAUGUUGCAGUUCUCUGACCAAAACCUCGUAUCUACGGACAGCGUGAAUUCCAGAGUUUAAAAAAGCUUGUCCGCUUGAAUACUUUGAUCUUGUACAAUCUGAUCUACAGUCCAGAAGCUAAGGACUAAUCUAAAAAGGUAGCUAUAAACCUGAUCUGUGCUGUUUGUAGGUUAAAGGAAUAGUUUGACAUUUUGGGAAAUAAGCUUAUUUGCUUUCUUGCAGAGAGUUAGAUAAGAAAAUUUAUACCACUCUCAUGUCUGUAUACUAAAUAUAGGGCUGGAACCAGCAGCUGGUUAGCUUAGCGUAGCAUAACGACUGGAAACAGAGGGAAACAGCUAAACUGGUUCUUUGGGUGGGCAACAAACUCCGCCUUCCAGCACCUCUAAAACUCACUAACACAUAAUAUUUUGUUUAAUGCGUCUUAGGGCGGACUUGUAAAAACAUCACGCUGUGUGGUUUUACUGUGGUAGCUAACCCCUUCAGGUAAACUGCACUGCACCCAGUCAAGAAAUUAUCUACCCAAUGACCUCCUGUUCCUGUGGUCAGAGUCAAGCUUGCUGUUUCUCCCUGAUUUCAGUCUUCAUGCUAAGCUAAGCUAACCAGCUGCUGGCUGUAGCUUCAGGUGUGGCAUAUAGAAAUGAGAGUGGUAUCCCAAAAUGUUGAACUAUUCCUUUAACAUCAGCAGAGUUGCCCUUUAUAAAUUUAACAACAAUCAGGACCACAUCCAAAGCGGGUGGGGGUGGUUAGGAACAUACUGGUAGUGUCAGAGCCAGUGUGAGGUGAAUCAGUUUAGCGAGUAAUAGCCCAGCAAUCUUUGUCAGUUGUGUUAGACUAUCAGGUAAGAGACUGCUCCCUGCUUGUUUAGACGUAUCUGUCAUUAUUAUCCACUCUAGUUCUCAUAAUAGUAAGUAUGCACUUAGCGUUCACGAUGCCCCUGUUUAGUCUGCAAUGAUUAAUCAGAUGAUACACACAUCAUGGCCAACAGGUGCACGGGCUGGGGCUGGUACAGCAACAGGGCCGAUUUUACCUUUUCACCAUAAUGCACGGCCCACAUUACACACACACACUCACCCACACACAAACACUUGCCUAAUAACGGGUGCUGAGAAUACAGUGUACAUGAUAUCUUAAUAACUUUGUAAAUGUCUAAAUGUCUCACGACUUUGGUGGAUGGCUCUCAUGAGAGACGCCACCUCCCAAGCACGUGCCGAGAUGGGGGGGUUCGGUCCGCUGGUGCUACGAUGCUACACCCUAAAAUUCACUGUGUAAGAAUUGCAAGGGAUAAAUGAUUACCACAGAUAUUUUUCUGAGCUCUUCGAAUGUCGAGAGAACUAUACUUUUGAUUCAAGCAGUUUCACAGGAUGGGAAGCUGCCCUGGUGCUGAUUUUCUGAGAAGUCUUUUGUUACAACAAAAUUACAUCUCUUUUAGAGGGCAGGGGGGCACUCAAACAGUUGAGUACAUUCUCUAUUAAUAUUCAUUACAUAUUGUACUUGAACUCAUUAAAACUAGGGUGAGAUAUAGAACCAUAUUAUAUGAAGACUGUUAUCUUGCUUUCACAUUUGGUACAGCGCAAGUAUCAAAGGCUAUUGAAAUGAUCUUAUGAGUAUGUUGUACAUGUUGAUGGUAACUGAAUGCUAAGAUAGAAGAAGAGCAAUUGUGUACUGCCUCCCUCUUCCUCCUCCUAGUCAUGCACUUCCUUUACUCAACCCCUCUCUUUCUCACACCUUGUAUAUUUUGUCUUUCUCACACACACUCUCAAACAUAGAUAUACAUAUGCAUCUCACUGUGUAUGGCCCUCUUUUCGAAGUCUGUUGAACACCUCGUUUAAUUAACACUCUCCAAGUUUGGGAUAGAGACUUGGACCCCGGCCCAUACGAAAAAUAAAAAUGAACCUACACAACUGGCAGCUACAUUCCUUUUUGAGUUUUAGGAUUGUUCUUGGUUCAUUAUUUUCAUGUCAAGGAUGCAGUAUGUAAAAAAAAAAGUGUUUUUGUUCAGUCUCUCUCUCUUUGUAGCUGUAUGGUGUAUUAUGUGAAUACAUAGUGUAUGUGGUAAAAACCCCACAAUAUUGUUUUAUGUUCCGCGAUAAAUAAAAACAUUGAAG